AUGAAGGAGCAGGUUAUUGAUAAUGUGCCGAAGCGGAUUAAAUAUCUGCAAUUCGGUAUCUCAUCACCCAAGGACAUUGUACGGCAAGGCAGCGUCGAGGUUUCGUCAAAUCAAUUGUACGUCUUCGAUGGGGCGCAGAAAAGGGCAUAUCAGCAUGGUGCUCUUGACCGACGGCUAGGUCCCUCCUCCAAGGACGGCGUUUGCGAAACAUGCAACAAGUCUAUGCAGGAAUGUGUUGGUCACUUCGGUCACGUCAAGCUCGCUCUUCCAUGCUUUCAUAUCGGAUACUUCAAAUCGGUCAUCACGGUUCUGCAAAACAUCUGCAAGGACUGCUCUCGUGUCCUUAUCGAUGAGAAUUCCCGCCGUGAUUAUCUGAAGUCACUACGAAGACCAGGAAUCGACAACCUUACACGCAUGAACAUUUGCAAGAAAAUUAACACUCAGUGCAAGAAGGUCAGGAAAUGUCUCUAUUGUGGGAGUACGCAGGGUGUGGUUAAGAAGGCCGGUCCUCUUAAGAUCAUCCACGAGAAAUACCGACACAAGAAGAACACCGAGGAGGAGUCCGACUUCCGCAAGACUUUCGAAUUCGUGCAGAAAUUCCAGGCAGAUAUCAAGCCGAACCUUGCGAAAGCCCAUGACGAUCUGAAUCCUCUAAAGGUUCUCAACCUAUUCCGUCAGAUCAAGCCGUCAGAUUGUGAGUUGCUCGGUAUGGAUCCUGAGGAGGGUCGCCCUGAGAUGUUCAUCUGGCAGUAUGUUCCUGCUCCGCCAUCAUGUAUCCGUCCAACGGUCAAUCAGGGAGAUACCACUAACGAAGACGGUCUUACGCACAAGCUUGCCGAAAUUGUCAUGAUCAACUCGGAAAUUAAGGGUUGUCUAAAAGCCGGUCAGCACGUUUCGCAACUCAUGGAGCAGUGGGAGUUCUUGCAAUUGUCGAUCGCUCUCUACAUUCACAGUGAAAUGCCGGGUGUUCCACCACGCGUAUCGGCGGAACUGAAGCCCAUGCAGGGUCUUUGCCAACGUCUGAAAGGUAAAACCGGUCGUUUCCGUGGUAACCUUUCUGGUAAGCGUGUGGACUUCUCUGGACGUACUGUUAUCGGGCCUGAUCCAAAUUUGCGCAUUGACCAGGUCGCCGUGCCGGAGCGUGUUGCCAAGAUCCUGACAUACCCGGAGCGUGUGACGAGCAUGAACAUCGAAAAGUUGAAGCAGUGUGUUAUCAACGGAACCGAUAUUCACCCUGGCGCGAACUACAUCAUCGACCCUGAAACCGAAACCAAGAAAUACCUGAAGUUUGGUAACCGUGAGCGCCUGGCAGAUGAGUUGAAGAUCGGUCAUAUUGUUGAGCGUCACUUGAACGACGACGAUAUCGUUCUUUUCAACCGUCAGCCCUCUCUGCACAAGCUUUCUAUUCUUGCACACAGAGCCAAGAUUAGGCCAUGGCGAACAUUCCGUUUGAACGAAUGUGUCUGUAACCCUUACAACGCAGAUUUCGACGGUGACGAGAUGAACAUGCACGUUCCGCAAACUGAGGAAGCACGUACAGAGGCUAUCGAGUUGAUGGGUGUCAAGAACAAUCUUGUCACACCGAAGAACGGAGAGCCGAUUAUCGCUGCCAUCCAGGAUUUUAUCACUGCCGCUUACCUUAUCAGUCGUCGCGAUACCUUCUACGACCGCAAGAGUUUCACGCACAUCUGUUCCUUCAUGUUCGAUGCCGACAAGCAGGUCGAUCUUCCGCCACCUACGAUCUGGAAACCUCAGCGUUUGUGGACCGGAAAGCAGAUCUUCAAUGUUUUGAUGAGGGCGAACAAGUCGGAGAACGUCAUCGUGAACCUUGAGGCGAAGUGUAAGACCAUGGUUGAUGUGCCAAAGGGUUCUGGUCUCCCGAAUGACAUGUCUCCGAACGAUGGAUAUCUUGUCAUCCGUGGUAGUGAGGUCAUGUGUGGUGUCAUGGACAAGGCAACUGUCGGAGAUGGAAAGAAGAAUUCUCUGUUCUAUGUUAUUCUUCGUGAUUACGGACCAGAUCAGGCAGGACAGGCUAUGAACCGCCUUGCCAAGCUUUGUGCUCGCUGGUUGGCAAACCAGGGGUUCUCUCUCGGUAUCAACGACGUUCAAGCAUCGGAUCAUCUCAAUGGGAAGAAGGAUGCGGCUAUCCAGAGAGCAUAUGAUAAGGCCAACGGUGUCUACAAGCAACUUGAGGAGGGUAAGCUUGAAAACAUGCCCGGAUGUACCGGUGAACAGACUGCAGAGUUGAAUGUAUCCGGGACUUUGUCCGCCGUCCGUGGUGAGGCUGGUGAUUACUGUUUGAAGGAGUUGCCACGUUCCAACGCUCCCCUUAUCAUGGCCAAGUCUGGUUCCAAGGGAUCUCUUGUUAACGUGGCGCAGAUGGUCGCGCUUGUCGGUCAACAGAUUAUCGCGGGUAAGCGUGUGAAGGAUGGAUUUCAAGAUCGUACUUUGCCGCACUUCACUAAGGGUUCCAAGAGGAACCCUCUUUCUAAGGGGUUCGUUCGCAACAGUUUCUACACUGGUUUGACUCCGUAUGAGUUCAUUUUUCAUGCUAUUUCUGGUCGUGAGGGUUUGGUUGAUACUGCUGUCAAGACUGCUGAAACUGGUUACAUGUCACGUCGUUUGAUGAAGUCGCUCGAGGAUUUGUCCGCGCAGUACGACGGAACUGUUCGAAACGCCGUUAACGGUAUCGUGCAGUUUGUUUACGGUGAUGAUGGUUUGGACCCUACAUAUCUCGAAGGUGAUGGCGAGCCCGUUGAGUUCAAGAGGACCUGGAAGCAUUGUCAGAACAAGGUAUUCUUGCGGUCUUUGGGCAAGCACGACCUGGGGGAGCGUGGCCUAUUGCCCUUUGAGAUCAAUCAGAUCGUCGAGGAGGCUCUACAGGAACCCAACUUUAUCAGGAACUGUACAGAUGCAUUCUUGAACAAGGUGAAGGAGUUUGUCCACAAGAGUAUUGCUAGUGAGCUUAAGAAGAUUCGCGAGGACAAGGGAUUGUUGCCUAUGCUGAUGCCACCUGAAGAUGUUGCGGAAAUCGAGACAAUUGACGAUGCAGUACCUCCAGUGGAACGAAUGGCUGUUCAACAGCUAUUGACUGUUACGAAGACGCAGAUCUUGGUCUUCCUCCGACUCUGCUGGGAGAAGUACAUGAAGGCGAAGGUUGAGCCCGGAACUGCAGUCGGUGCUGUUGGUGCACAAGCUAUUGGUGAGCCUGGUACGCAAAUGACGUUGAAGACCUUCCACUUUGCUGGUCUUGCAUCUAUGAACGUCACUAUGGGUGUGCCCCGUAUCAAGGAAAUCAUUAACGCCGCGAAGACGAUUGCGGGUCCGAUUAUUACUUGUGAAUUGGAAAAGCAGUCCAACCGUGAUGAAGGGUUUGGCCGCGAGGUCAAAGGUAGGAUUGAGAAAACUUACCUUAAGGAUAUCGCCGCCUUCACUGAGGACACGUUUGCCCCGAGCAGUAACUACAUCAGUCUUAAGAUUGAUUGGCUAGCCGUUGCGAACUUGAAGCUCGAACUGGCUAUUGAGGAUAUCAGCAAGGCCAUCGCGCAGGCACCGAAGCUCAAGAUCGGAGGUGCCUGUAUGGUAGCUUCAGGCUCUGUGGACCGUAUCAACAUCUUCGUUGACGACCCGACGGGCAAGGAGGACGUUUACUACAAGAUGCAGACUUGGAAGCGAGCUCUCAACAACAUCGUUGUGAAGGGUCUUCCGGAAGUUGGCCGUGCUAUUCUUCGUAAAAAGGAAGACAAGUCCGACCCUAAGGAGGAGCAUGGCGAGUUCCAACUCAAGAUUGAAGGCUACGGGUUGCGAGAAGUCAUGAUCACUCCCGGUGUCAACGGAACUCGUACUCAGACCAACCAUAUCAUGGAGACAUGCAAGGUCCUUGGUAUCGAAGCUGCUCGUAACAAGAUUUACGAAGAAAUCGAGUUCACCAUGAGUUCUCACGGUAUGAAUAUCGAUCCCCGUCAUAUGAUGUUGCUCAGUGAUGUCAUGACCUACAAGGGCGAGAUUCUUGGUAUUACUCGUUUCGGUGUUGCCAAGAUGAAGGACAGUGUGAUGAUGCUUGCUUCUUUCGAGAAGACGACAGAUCAUCUCUUCGACGCCUCAUUCUUCCACAAGCGUGACGCAAUCGAAGGAGUCAGUGAGUGUAUUAUCAUGGGUGUGCCUAUGCCUAUCGGAACCGGUCUGUUUAAGUUGAUCAGGCAAAACGAGAUGCCGGAGAAGCUGGAGCCGAAGCGCCUCUUGUUCGAUACACCAGAGCACAGGGUGAACAUGUUCAGAGCGUGA